AUGUGUAAAUCAGAAACACAUGAUUAUUCUGCCAGUAAAGUACAUGGGUUUAAACAGCAGCCUGCUGAUCUUGCUAGCUUUGGCUCCCUUUAUCCUAGUAUCUGUGCAGCUUGCAAGGUUUCUUCCUUGCAGGCGGCAUGCAGCUAUAGCAAGUUCGUGCAGGCUGCCCAGCAGAGCCGUGGCCGGCUCGUCUUCGUCUUGUUCUGCAGGGACAAGGAUGCCCAGGGCCAGAACUGGUGCCCGGACUGCGUCACUGCUGAACCAAUUGUGCGGAGUGAAUUAAAUAGCCUGCCCAAUGGAGCUGUAUUCAUCUACUGCCAAAUCGGAGACCAAGCCUACUGGAAAGACCCCAACAAUGAGUUCAGAAAGAAUCUGAAACUAACUGCAGUGCCAACACUACUUAAAUAUGGGACACCUCAGAAGCUGGUAGAAGAAGAAUGUCUUAACAGAGAGCUUGCGCACAUGUUGUUUACAAGAUUAAGUUUUUUCUUCUUUAGUCAAUCAUUUAUCUAG